UUUGAGAGGUUUUGUGUUGAAGAAAAUCAGUGUGUUAGAUGCUGCAGGAGACCUGAACACAGUCACCACGAAGCUGAGCUGUGUCCUCAUGGCUGGUGCCUUCUACUUUUCUCUUACUAUGCUCUGGGCAGCCCAGAUACUACUGGCUGGAUGUCAUGCUGCUGCCAGAUUUGAGACAUUACAAUGUGAAAGACCUGUCAGCACCCGGGAUGGCAUCUGCCACAUUGACGAAGACUUGAGAGGCCAGAGGGAAGCUGACUCCCAGCUCAAGGGCUACACUUUCAGUCAACCCUUCCAUCUGAUUGUGUCCUACGACUGGCUCAUCCUCCAAAGUCCAGCCAAGCCCAUAUUUGAAGGAGAUCCAUUAGUUCUGCGCUGCCAAGCCUGGCAAGACUGGCCACUGGCCCAGGUCACCUUCUACCGAGAUGGCUCAGCCCUGGGUCCCCCUGGACCUAACAGAGAAUUCUCCAUCGCCGUGGCGAAAGAGGCAGACAGUGGGCACUAUCACUGCAGUGGCAUCUUCAGGAGUCCUGGUCCUGGGAGCACAGAAACGGCAUCUUCUGUGACUAUCACAGUUCAAGAACUGUUUCCAGCACCAGUUCUCAGAGCCACUCCCUCAGCUAAGCCCAAAGAGGGAGGCCCAGUGACCCUGAGCUGUCAGACAAAGCUGCCCCUGCAGAGGUCAGCCACUCGCCUCCUCUUCUCCUUCUACAAGGAUGGCAAGACAGUGCGCAGCACGGGCCUCUCCUCAGAAUUCCAGAUCCUCAAAGCUUCAGAGGCACACUCUGGGUCCUACUGGUGUGAAGCGGCCACCGAGGACAAGCAAGUUUGGAAACAGAGCUCCAAGCUGGAGAUCAGGGUGCAGGGUCCCUCCAGCUCUGCUGCAUCCCCCACCUUGAAUUCAGCUUCUCAGAAAUCAGCUGCUCCAGAAACUACUCCUAAAGAGCCCCCUAAGCCUGUGCCUCCACUGUCCACCCCUUCUUCUGAGGAUCCAGGCUUCUCCCCUCCUCUGCAGGUACCAGAUCCCCAUCUGUAUCACCAAAUGGGCGCUCUUCUCAAACAACUGCAAGAUAUGAGAGCUCUCCUCGGUCACCUGGUCAUGGAGUUGAGGAACUUGUCUUUCCACCUGAAGCUUGAGACCACAAAGGGUCCUGCCAAAUAUGAGUAAACAAUUCGCCUGCAGUAUUACCCAACAACCCCCAAUAAAUCCAACUCUUUCUAUUUUUCCUCUUUCUGUCCUAUACAUGUGCAUAAAUCGUUUUACAAGUUGCCCAGUGUUUUGUUAGAGUUACAGAAAUAGGUGAGUAUAAAUAAAUUUGUACAAAGUGAUAACUGGAGUUUAGCCAUAA